CAGGAACCAUUUUGGCUUCUUUUCAUCUCUUCCUUAUCAAGACAAAUGUGAAGUGGUAACAUCUGGGACAUAAAAGAAACGUCAAGAGCCUGAAUAAAAGAAGAGUUAAGCACACAGUGUAUUGAGAAACCUUACCCAGGAGUGAAAAUGGUGAGUGAAAGUCAUCAUGAGGCCCUGGCAGCACCACCAGCCACCACAAUAGCAGCAGCUCCUGCAAGCAAUGUCACUGAGCCAGCCAGUCCUGGAGGAGGAGGAGGAGGAGGAAAAGAAGAUGCAUUUUCUAAGUUAAAAGAGAAGUUCAUGAAUGAACUGAACAAAAUUCCACUGCCACCUUGGGCCUUAAUAGCUAUAGCCAUAGUUGCAGUCCUAUUAAUCCUUACCUGCUGCUUUUGUCUCUGUAAGAAGUGUUUGUUCAAAAAGAAGAACAAGAAGAAGGGAAAGGAGAAGGGAGGGAAGAAUGCUAUUAACAUGAAAGAUGUUAAAGAUUUAGGAAAAAGCAUGAAAGACCAGGCUCUUAAGGAUGAUGAUGCUGAGACUGGGCUGACAGAUGGAGAAGAGAAAGAAGAAGCCAAAGAAGAGGAGAAACUAGGGAAAAUCCAGUAUUCUUUGGAUUAUGACUUCCAAAACAAUCAGCUUCUUGUUGGGAUUAUUCAAGCAGCUGAGCUGCCUGCAUUAGAUAUGGGUGGUACAUCUGAUCCCUACGUGAAAGUUUUCCUGCUUCCUGACAAGAAGAAGAAAUAUGAGACCAAAGUCCACAGAAAGACCCUUAACCCCGUUUUCAAUGAGCAAUUUACAUUCAAGGUGCCAUACUCUGAGCUGGGUGGAAAAACUUUAGUGAUGGCAGUUUAUGACUUUGAUCGUUUCUCCAAACAUGAUAUUAUUGGGGAAUACAAGGUUGCAAUGAACACAGUGGACUUCGGUCACGUCACUGAGGAGUGGAGGGACUUGCAAAGUGCAGAGAAGGAAGAGCAAGAGAAACUGGGUGAUAUCUGCUUCUCCCUCCGUUAUGUGCCUACGGCUGGCAAACUGACUGUCGUCAUUCUGGAGGCAAAGAACCUGAAGAAGAUGGAUGUUGGUGGACUAUCAGAUCCCUAUGUGAAGAUCCAUCUGAUGCAGAAUGGUAAGAGGCUGAAGAAGAAAAAGACUACAAUUAAAAAGAACACUCUGAAUCCCUACUACAAUGAAUCUUUCAGCUUUGAAGUACCAUUCGAGCAAAUUCAGAAAGUGCAGGUUGUUGUGACUGUUUUGGACUAUGACAAGAUAGGGAAGAACGAUGCCAUCGGGAAGGUGUUUGUGGGCUACAACAGCACCGGCGCGGAGCUGCGGCACUGGUCAGACAUGCUGGCCAACCCCCGGCGGCCCAUCGCACAGUGGCACACCUUGCAGCCUGAGGAGGAGGUGGAUGCCAUGCUGGCAGUCAAGAAGUGAAGUAAAUUAAAUUAGGUGAAGUUAAAUUAAAAUAAAAUAAAAUAAAUCAAAUUACGGAGAAGAAAAAAAAAAAAAAGAAGAAGAAGCCUUUCUGCAUUUGCCCACAUAGUGCUCUUUAGCCAGUAUCUGUAAAUACCUCAGUGAUAUGGGUCCUUUCAUUUCCAGCCAUGUGUUCCUGACACAGAUCAGCUGUACUUUUAAAUUCCCAUUUUAAUUUGCACAAAUUUAAGUGUAGAGAGCCCUCUAAAGGCGCUUAAUUUCACCACUGCCCCCCCCAGAUCUACUCUUCUUUUAAGCAAUAUGAUGUGUAGAUAGAGCAUGACAGAAAUUAUUUAUUGUAUCACACAGUUGUAUAUAUACACCAGUACGCUGAGAAUUUAUUUCUAGUUUGUGUAUUUGUAUGUUGUAAGCGUUUCCUAAUCUGUGUAUAUCUAGAUGUUUUUAAUAAGAUGUUCUAUUUUAAAUUAUGUAAAUUGACUGAGCUAUAGGAGAGCUGAUAAUAUAGGGUAACUAUAGUAUUGUCUGCAUUCCAGAAAACAAAAAUACAACUUGUAAGGCACUAGUAGUGUUACACUGACAUCUUAAAGGACAACUUAAAUCUGAGCUUUCAACUGGACCAUCCUAAUAACACGUUACACGUCCACAGUGAAUCUUGGAGGGGCAAAUCCAAUUGGGUAGACUUCUUUCACAGGCAACUUAGCAUGAUCUGAGCAGCUCCGUGGCUGACCUCAAGGAGACGUAGCCAGGAUCAAAUUUUUCUGUAUAUAUUACGAAGCAAACACAUAACAGACUGAAAUGGCUUUAGAUUGAAAGUUGAAGAAGCAGUUCAGUUCCACAGAAGGCAACGAUUUCAUCUAACAUCCAACUUAAGACCAUUGCAGAGGUUGUGCAGGGAAGGGGGGAAAGGGAGGGGAGGGAGACGCAGCAGUAGCAAAAUGCUGCCACGCAAACAAGAGUAGCACUCUGUGAUCACCUUUAUACAAAAUUUGCAUACUGUGAAUUCCAUCCACGAUUUCACAUUAUAAUGAGUUUGCACAUUAGACUUUGUAACAAAAUAUUUUAUUAUACUAACUCAGAUUAGAAGGAAUGCAGAAUAUUUUUUAGACACAGCCGUGUGAGUUUAUUAUACAAAAUAGUUUCAUGGUAAACGGACAGUAUUGUAAUCCCAUCAAAAGAUGACAAAAUUUAGCCAUAGUUCUAAAUGCACUUCAAUGUAAGCCAAAAGAGAACAGCUAGUGACCUUUUAUAUACUAUUUAUACUUAAGUUUUAAUUUGUCCUUUAAAAAAAAAAAAGAAAAAAAAAAGUGAAAACAAAGAACAAGUUCUAGAAAACUGAAACAACCUCUUCUGUAUACUAGAUGCUCGUUUCAGGAGGAGUUUUUAAAUGUUUUCAAUGUUAUUAUGUAGUAAAUGGCACUAUUAUGAAGCUAUUAGUCAUUCCAUAAGAGUCUUGAAAGACUGCUCUGUGUAUCACUGUGACUGCCGUGUGUGCUUAGAAAUGUAGUUUUCUCAGUGGAUAGCAAUCAAUUUAUUCUGUAGUGAUAUUGUAAUAAUACUGCCAUUCCCUUCUACUGCACUGCCGAAGGAAUGCAUAGCACAAGCAGUUCUAGUUAUUAUGGACCAAUUUAGAACUGGAGAGCUAUGCAGGGGACAAGGAUGCUACAUUGAAUGGGUUGACCACGCAGCAUUUUGUCAAGCCCUGUGCAAUAUUCUACAUUCCCACCCUCCCUCCCCCUCCGCCGCUUUACUGUAGAUAGUCACCCUACAGCUAGCUAGCAUGCCAUCUCAGCUUCUGCCAUCUCAUCAACUCAUUUAGGGCAUCACUUCUAUCUCAUGGACCAUCCUUUGAGGCCCCUCGCUUCUCUUUCCAAGCUGUGAAUAUAUUGAUAAUGCUUUAAAGAGUUCAUGGUUUUCAGCAAUGCAAACUGCCCCAGGAAUGAGGAAAGACUCUGCCUUUAGGAGGGAGGCAUGAGAAUUAACCUGUAAUGUUCAUAUCAGUUGUACCUAGCAGAAAUUACUGAAAACAAAGAACAAAGAUGAAUGUAAUAGGGGAACUGUGUACUGAAAACAAAAUUAUCACAGCCUCCCUCAAGGCCAUGCUUCUGGGAUGGGUGUGACAGCCUGCAGGGUCAGGGCAGUAAUGGCUAAGCACCUAUGUUUUCAGUAAGUUGUGCUUAAAAGCAGCAGCAAAGAAAUGGUCUGGAUUGAUCCCCACCUCCAAAGGUAUGAGUAGCAAGACCCAUUUUCUUCCUUUUUUACAUGAAACAUGGAAAAAACACAAGUGAGACAUUUUCUGAUAGAAACAGGCACAUACAUGCAAAGCAUCAAGCUGGAAUACUUUAAAAUCUUUAACCUAAGGGACCAAACCCCACCAAAAAGAAGUAGACAGUCAGCUUUCCAGCAUAAGAGCUUCAUGGUUUCCAGCUUCCAGUUGUUCAUUUGGGGUAGCUGCAGGUUCAAACUGCCAGGACUGACUCGUUGUGUUAAGGUUUUCUUAAUGUUUCCUCUGCCUACACUGCCAGACUGAACGUCACCGUAGAGCUGGUCUGUAAGGUCUGAUGGUUCUCAGAGACUGAACCUGCCGUGUGACCAAGAUGACACAUUCACCCUCAAAGAAGCCACAUGUACCUUUCUGACAAAGCUGUGUGAAGUAUUAGAAUCUGAUGCUGUAGAAAGAUCCUAGUUGCCUUUGUGUAUAUUUACUGCCUGCUUGAGUGUUUCUCUGUGUGGGUUUUCUCUGUAUCUUGUAGAAAUGUUUGGGGUGUUUUAUCCUGCCAUAUCGCUCGUGGCCCGCGAGCUGACAACUUUAGCUGUAUUUUACCUUCAUUUUUGAUGAGGUGGUUUAUAUUUUGUUUCACUUUGUGUAGUGACUUCCCAGAGUAGUUUUCCAAUCGUUGUUAAAAUAACAUACAUAUUACACAUAUAUUCAAUAAAAAUGUUUUAUUUCCUGUUGA